CACAGCGGGGACGAGGAAGAAGGCUGUGGAGGCGGAAGUGUUUGAAUCAGUGUCAGACAUGGCUGCGAACGGGGGUCUGCUGAGAGCGUUGAAGGAAUUGGGCAACAUGAGAAGAGCCGGACUCGUUGUUUUAUUGCUGCUGGAUUUGUGUCUUCAGUCUGUGCGAGGUUACUUGAGCUCGGAGCAGCACAUCCCUAACUAUGUUCAGGACGUUCCGCAGGCCCGCAGCACAGCCACGCCCGCUGCUGCGGCUGUUAAGGUUCAGAUGACCAGCACAACCAGCUACUCUUCCCAGUGUCCGAGCAGAGGGCUAUGCUCCAAGCUGCCUCCAGCCUGCAUGACCUGCAACACCAGCACCUCCUGCAGAUAUGGCAAGCCUGUCACGUUCCAGUGCAGCGUCAAUCAAACUGUGCACUGUGUGGAUGAGUCUGGACAGCCACAGAAGACAUUCCCUUUUCUGAUGAACUGCCAGUUCUGUUGGCAGCUGCCCCCCUCUCAGUACAGGUGUAGCAAGUCUACCAGCUGUAUGACCGUCUCCUGUCCCCGCAAGCGCUACAACGCCAACUGCAGUGUGCUGGACCAUGUCCACUGCCUGGGAAACCGGGAAUUCCACAAAAUGCUUUACUGCAACUGGACAGGGGGUUACAAGUGGUCAACUGCGCUGGCUCUGAGCAUCACUCUGGGUGGGUUCGGCGCGGAUCGCUUCUACCUGGGCCAGUGGAGGGAGGGUCUGGGGAAGCUCUUCAGUUUCGGAGGUCUGGGGAUCUGGACUCUGAUCGACGUGCUGCUCAUUGGAGUGGGCUACGUGGGGCCGGCCGACGGCUCCCUCUACAUCUGAGCCAACGAGGGAACCAAGGAGCCAACCUGCAGUGACUACCUCCAGACUGCCACCUUUUUCUACUUGACUAUUUACUAUAGUUUUAAGUGAAUCUUGCAUGAUGUGAAGAAAAACAUAAUCAUGAACAUUUUUUCGCUGCCUAAAAUGCUUUUCUUAAUAAGAAACUGACUCAUUUCAAAACCUGGAAUAUUUCUCAAUCUUAAAAUGAGAGCUGGGGGAGGGAGACCAGGCCACAAUUAUAUGGACUGGUCCUACUGCAGUUUCCCCCUGCCAUUCUUUGGAAAGCUGUCUGCAGUCCUCAGUCUUGUAAAUAUUUGUAAAGUAUGUAUAUAAUCCACAGUCUAUCGGGUUGGACAUAAAUGCAAUCCAAAAGAGGAAUGGGAGCCUAGGAGAUUUGUCACAUCUCAGGUCAGUUGUCAUGGUUACCAUGUAGAGUGUGUGACCAGGUAGAUCAGUUGUCAUGGUUACCACGUAGAGUGUGUGACCAGGCAGAUCAGUUGUCGUGGUUACCAUGUAGAGUGUGUGACCAGGCAGAUCAGUUGUCAUGGUUACCAUGUAGAGUGUGUGACCAGGCAGAUCAGUAGAUAUGUACAUCAGAUGCAUAUUUUGAAUCGGAACCAUCAGUACCUAUUUAUUACCUGGAAUAGUAAGCUAUUGGAAAGCUUUGUAAAGUACUUCUGUUUAACAUUGCUCUUGGGUACUGUAAACUGAAUACAUUUCACUUAGAAGAAACACAAUUAUUUUUGCUACAUGGCCAUUCAUUACUCUCUAGUUUUUUCUACCCCCAAACAAAUGCUGUUCAUAGUAUCGAUAAACAAGAGGGUCCACCAUCAUGGCUAUUUUCAUAUUUUUCCCUCCUAAACAAAAUGUUUGAAAAUGAUGUGCAAUUUAAAUUGAAAAAAAAAACUGCUUUAUAUUUGAAAAAUAAUUGAAGGGAAUUAAUCUUAAGCGUCCAAGCUCAUGUCAUUUCAAUUAGUUAAAACCAGAGGGCUUAAUCCUUUGUAAUGUAAAACAGCCCUGGUUAAAAUCCUGCAUCUACUAAAGUCCCAUCUAGGUUCCUAAAAUGACCUUUGGAUAAGAUCCCAUGUAGUGCUGUGAACUUCUAAUGGUAUUAACCUGCCUUUCUCAUAACUGCAGCCACAUCUGUGUAAGUCUCUUCUGCACUGUAAAUAAAUGGAAACUUACUGAAUGCCUUCUCUGUACAAAUGUUGCCAUGUGUACUGCAUUUGUGUUUCAGCAAAGCAAUUAAUUUGACUUCGUCGUGAUCAGAUAAAGCAUCAUGCAACUUUGAUUUAGUUAUAGCAUCUUAAACUAGGUAUAGAGAAUAUAGAAGCCCAUAUUGCCCCUAUUGCAGGACUCAGUGAAGCAAUCUGGAGCAUAUUUAACACAAUUUUGACUUCUCUUUUGAGAAUUAUUAGUUUGUCAACAGAUCUUAAAGUAAAGAUUGCAGCAGUCUUUUUGUGUUGGGAGAGUAAAACUCUAUAUGAUGCAAUCAUCAUGAUUCCUAUACAGUGCAAUCUUUAUGACUCCUAUACGAUGCAAUCUUCAUGACUCCUAUAUGAUGCAAUCUUCGUGACUCCUAUUUGACGCAAUCUUCAUGACUUCUUUAUAUGAUGCAAUCUUCAUGACUUCUUUAUAUGAUGCAAUCUGCAUGAUUCCUAUACAGUUGUAGGUUCUAUAGACAUUGUCAUCUCAAAUAUAUUGCAAAUGUCAUGGACUUUCUUAUGUUAUGAUAUUAUAUAUUAUCAGGAAUCUACAUUGAAUGAACUUUUAAUCUUAAUUUGUCUAGCUUUGCCUAGAGAUAACGAUCAACCUAACACCUUGAAUGCACCAGGUACUCAGGAAACAAAAGGCUAAUCAAAACCGUCUCCAUGAUUUAAUUAACCCGUCUAGUGAGAGAGGUGGUUUAGAAUAGGUGUCUGAAAGAGAGAAAAAUAGCUUAGAGAUUGAAGACAAAUUUCACAUCAUAUUGACUUAAUACCACUAUGAGUACAAGAUGCAAGCAUUUUUAUUCUUAAAUUGCCUAACAAGUAUAGAAUAACCCAGGUAAUAAAUCCCUAAGAGAAUUAAACUGUUUGCAAUGUCUAACCAAAGUCGCAACCAGACAUGUUUGGUGUCUAAAGAAAUGUAAUUUCUUAUGGUAAAAAUAACAUGAAUUCAGAAUAAAAUAUGAAUUAUUUAGCAAAAGUUAUGCACGUUUUAAAAGUUUCCCCUUUCCAGAUUAUGAUAAUGAACUAAUCAGACAGAGGAAGGGGGGAGCAAUCAAUCAAGAUUUCAAGCCCAUUCGCUACCAAAUAGCCAAUCGGAGCAUGCAGCGAGAAAUUCAAAUAAUCUCUUUGUUUGGAAAGUAUAAAACCCCCUGCUUUAGCCCAGCUCCUUGUCCCCAGCUCUACCCCCCUACACUAGCCUCUGCUCUAGUCCCCAGCUCUACCUUGCUAUGCUUGCCCCAGACCUGCGUUAGCCCUCUAAUCGAUGCCCCAGACCUGUGCUAUCCCUUCUCGCUCAGACUAAGAAACUACAAGACUGCACCUGGAGCCCUCAGCUUCCAGUAUUUAUCCAUCAAGGUUGGGGGCCCUGACACUCGGAGAAACACAAGGUAACAGAAUGCUGAAAGUGAAUGCUUUUCAGGCUAGGUAACAAUACUCUUAAAUAUCUAUUCAGGUAUUGUGCGACCCCUUGUUGUGUCAGUAUGUACUAGUAUUUCUUUGGUAAAUUGUUGUUUUAAACAUUAGUUCUCAUUGUAAUGCUUUUAAUGUGACAUUAAUUGUGUAACUGUUUUGUGUGAUUUUCAAACUUAUGUUGUUGCAUGCUUAAUAAAUACCAUCUUUCUAAGAAGA